AUGUCUUCACCAUCUACACCACACUCGACGCGUUCCGCAUCGCCGGGCGACUCUCCGAAAAUCAUUACACCCGGUCAGAAAAUCAAGGCCUUGAUGGCCGAGUUUGACAGUGAUUCAGAAGAAGAGACCCAAAUUGCUAAGUCAACAAGUGCUGUUUCCAAGCUCAACCUCUGUGAAUCUAUAUCCUCUAAGACAAGCACCAACCGCCUUGCACACGACUCGGGCUCUGAAACUGAAGAUGAUGUCGCCCGGCCAAAGGGCCGUAUGGCGGCUCGGAUGCAGGGUGACAAACAGACAUCACCUCAGUCUCAUAACGACUCAGCGAUUCCUCAUGCCCCUCGGACGGAGAAUGCUCAAGCCACAGAGGAAAGAAAGCUCGAGGUUGAAGUGACAACCAAUGAAUCUAGCGACGACGAUUUACCCACGGCAGGUCCGAGAAGAAGAACCAAAGCGAAGUCGAAUUCGUUGGAACCUGAAGCAUCCCAAACUCCUGCCCGAUCAGAAUCGCCCCUCUUUGUAUCCUCUCCCGGCGAACCUGAUGGAGAGUCAGACAACGAAACCAAUAAUACUGAAAAGACAAAGGCAAAUGAUCGCUUCCUAUCUCUGGUCGCCAAAAAGCGCAAGGAACGCGAGGACCGGGAAAAGGCGGAGGCUGAAAAGAAAGCCGCAAGAAGAUCUCAGAUGGAACACUUCAGUUCUGAGGUUCUCUCCGGCGAAGAAAGUGGCGCUGAAGACCCUGGAUCAGCACACAAACUUUCACAGAAAGCUCGCCAGCCCCGAAAGGCUAGCAAGAAGGCAUUGGAUGAAAUGAGACAGGAAACUCAGCGCAUGAGUCGAAACAUGCAACUAGCUCAUCAGGCCCAGACGAAAAAGAAGAUCACCAAGGAGAGUCUUUUUGCGAGGUUCAACUUCAUGCAACCUGAACCUCCAAUCGGCCAAGCCGGAGCGAAUUCGUCGAUAAAUAAUUCACAAAACACGUCCGAUGGAGAUCUACGCACUCAAAACAAAGAGACCCCGCAAACGUCUCCGGCUCGCCUCUCCGAUCAAACCAAAGCCAACGUUGAUUCCGAGAACUUACCCGCCGACAUGGACGUGGACGACGACGACGAAGAUCUCUCCGACCUUAAGGACCUCAUCACACAGGUCAGGCAAGAUCGCUCUGAUCCAUCUGAGGUACCUAUCGCUAAGGAUUCAUCCAAUGAAGCGAAUGCCGCCAAACCCAGGCCAGCUUCAACAUCCACCCAGCGUCCCUUCCGCGUCAGGAUAUCUCGACAGCAAAUUGCGGAGAGGCAGAAGAACGAUGAUUCGGACGAAGAACUUGAGAUUGUGACUUCUCCUGGAAAGUGCCGCCGACUCGCUGCUUUUGAAAAUCUCCCCACCCGACAAAAGCAAGAGAGUCCCGCCAUGCUCAAGCUGAAGGCCUUGGCUCACUUGACAAACAAGAAGGAAGGAGAUUCAAUGAGCCCCGCGGAGCUUUCGGCAAGCCUUUUACGGCGUGCCAGACAACAAGCUGUCAAGGAACGCAGGGAACGCAUCGAAGAGCUCCGAGCUAAAGGCGUUGUCAUCGAGACAGCCGAAGAGCGUGCGGCUAUGGAAGAUGACAUGGAGAACCUCGUGGAAAAAGCACGCAAAGAAGCCGAAGAGAUUGCCCGGUUGGAAAGAGCCUCCAAGAAGAAAAAUAAUGACGAUGACGACGAAGAUGAAGAUGACGACUAUCAGUUGUCCGGCUCUGAUGACGACGACAAAAACAACGUCGGCCAAGAAGGGGAUGAAGACGAUGAGGAUGAUGAGGACGAAAACGACAGCAUUAAUGGCGGCGAAUUCGUUGAGCAAGAGGCGGACGAAGAUGACGACGAAGACAGUGAUGAUGUACCUUCAGAUGCAGAGGUGCCUUCCACCAGGCGAAAGCGCCCCACCCGAGUCAUCAGCGACGACGAAGAUGAAGAACAAGUCCAUGUACCAUCAACGCCCGUGAAAGCGCCAAGUCACACCUCUCGUUCGGCUGAACGUCCGAAGUUCCCUGCCGGAAAGGGAACUCCUGGAGAUAUGUCUCUAGGUCUGACUCAGGCCUUUGCUUCCACAUUGGAUGGCGAUGCUUUUGGCAGUCAACCUGGCUCUGCAACGAUACCAUUCACUCUUCCUGAUCCCGGCCAGCCUACGGCACAACUUCGUAAGGAGGAUUCCGAAAUUCUUGCACCAGAUAGCCAACCCCUGGUUCAUGAGAAGGACUUCGCCGACAACUAUUCGCAGAAUGUGACUCGUGUAUCAGAGUCACCUGCUCCUUAUGCUUUCUCGGAGUAUUCCCAGUCGCAACUGCCUGAUCCAACUCAGGAUGAAGGCUUUGUAUUCUCGCCAUUUGACCCCGCUAAAAGGUUCAGAGACACUCCGCCAAUGUCUACGGUGGAUACCGUUCUCGUGGGUCAAACCCAGUCGCCCGUAGCAGAUCGCAAGCGCAAGAUGCUGCGCCGAGGACGUGCGAAUGAGCUGCCUCAAUUCAAUGAGAAGGAGGAUGAUUUCGAAAUCAACCCCACUGCUUUUGAUGUCAUGAAGAAGACGAAGGCAAAGAAGAAGCAAGCCGAGAAUUAUGACAAGAAAAACAGCAAGGCCAAAGACAUCAUCGACGAAGCUGCGGAAGAAUCUGAGGAUGAGUAUGCAGGUCUUGGUGGUAACAGUGACGAAAGUGACGGUGAAGAAAAUGCCAUGGAUCAACAAAUGAUCAAUGAUAACAGCGGCGAGGUGGUUGAUGAGAAACAACUGGCUGCUCUCAAUGCUGUUCAUGAUCGUAACCGCGAUGAGAAGGAUGUUGCUAAUUUGAUGCGAGACAUCACUACAGGAGCCCUACGCCGUCGCAAGAAUGCAGAUGAUGAUCUCGAUCUUGACGACUCCGAUGAUGAGCAUCUAGCGCGUCGUCGCGAGAAGCAACGCGAGUUUGCCAAGAUGCGUCGUGCUCUGCUUGCCGACGAAAAGAUCGGCGAGAUUGCCGAGAACCCCAAGAAAGCAGCCUUCUUCAAAGCAGUUGAAGACCGCGAAGUGGAGGAUGAUUUCAAUAUCGACUUCCUCGAGGAAGAACAGGACGGGUCCCAGGAGAUGUCUCAGGACGUGCCUUCGGAAGGACAGUCAAAUGAUGCAGAGAACAAACUCAAGCGGCCUCUCGAGCAAUCCACUGAAGAUACAACAAACCGACCACCGCCUCAUCUACGCCGCACCCGCCCCAGCGCAGCGUCCAAGAAACCAGCCACUUUAGCCGAAAUUCGUGAAACACUAUCGUUCCUCACUGAGACACCUGAGUAUGACUCCUUCCGUGAGGAUGCAUCUCUCGAUGAAGGAGAACACGAGGAAGGCGAGGAUACGCCGUCAGAGGGUGCAACCGAAGAAGAUCCUGGCGACAACACCUUCGCCAAACCGAGCAACCCUCGCCGCACUCGUGGAGUCGUCGUCGACCGUCUCGCCCUUCUUCGCCAAGCAUCAUCCAAUUCCGCGAACACAAAUCCCGGAGCAAACUCCAAGGUUGCAUUCCACAAUGGCGGUGGUGAGGGACCCAUUGGAUUCCGUCCACCUCAACUGCUACGCCGCGUUACCACCGGUAGUUCGUCUUCCAGUAACUCCAACUCAUCCAAUCGCGUUUCCAAGGCUCCUGCUUCUGGUCCAAAGAAGGGCGGUGCUGUCAAUUCAUACACAGCGGCGCGUGAGCGCGAGCGCGAGAAGGAACUUCGCAUCAAGGAACGCAAUAGCGGCUCAAACAUUGCCAAAUUGCUGGGCAAGCAUACUGGCGGUGGCCUAGGUGCAUUGGGCAAAGGUCAAUGGGACUGA